AUGGAUACCUCCCCAACUCCAAGGCACAGUGUAGUAAACAGAGAUUGCGAAAGUAAUCUGAAAAGACCAUCACCCGACUCCAUGCAAGAAGAGGACAGCAAACAAAGAAGAAUAGACCAAAAUGACGAGGCCUAUGCAACAAACACUCCACUGUCCCUAGUCUUCAAGUCUAGAGAUGAAAGAAACCCUCUAUCCAAAGCUAGUCCCUUCCUUAUUAACAAGGCAAUUGUAGGAGCAGGAGGCCAGCCAAACUCCAUUAAGAAACUUCGAGAUGGAACUGUUCUGGUGGAAGCGGUUGAUAGUAAACAAUCGAAACAACUACUGAAGACCACCUCAUUCUUUGAUAAAUUUCAAGUAGUAGUUCAACCCCAUGAUACCCUGAACUCUUCAAAGGGUAUCGUUUUCAGUAGGGAGCUGCUUGAAUGCAAUCUAGAUGCGAAUCAAUUCGCAACUCCCGGGCAUAUCCUAACCUUCAACUUACCCCACCCUCCGGAGACGAUUAAGGCAGGAUAUCUUGUUCUUUCUGUACGUCCGUACUUUCGAAACCCACAGCGAUGUUUUCGAUGUCAGAAGUUCGGACAUUCUAGUAAAGUAUGCCAAAACAAAGAACUGUGCGUACAAUGCGGUAAGGGAGACCACAACGAAAAGACAUGCAACAUAGAACCCUUCUGCGUUAACUGCAAAGGAAAACACUCCGCAGCCUCAAGAAAUUGCAAGAUAUACCUAGAAGAAAAGGAGGUAAUAAAGAUUGCCACAGUUAACAAGCUGUCAUUCGUGGAUGCUCGCAAACAGUAUAGAAGACGAACAGCUCAACUGCCGAAGAAAGAUGUGUCUUACGCAAAAGCUGCUGCCUCGACAACCCGAGAUACUCCUUCCUGUUCUCAUUGUUCUUCCUUGGAGGCGAUGGUUGAAGCCCUGACACAACAAAUGACAAAUGUCAUUAGUUUACUCUCGGCUAACUUCAAUCCAAUCCCCCAAGUACAACCGAAGCUACUUCCAGCGAAGACAUCUGACGAUCCUCGUCUACAGAGCACUAGAACAAAAUUCCUAAAAACACCAAACAAAAAAACUAAUGUAUCCGAGAAACAAAAACCUCAACAGCAAACGCCAGCUGAAAGAAAAGCGCUCAACGACAAACUAAAACAAAAUAUUAAAAGUAAGAUUGACAACCGCUCCCAAGGAUCACCAAACACUUCCACACAUUCCCGUUUUUCAUCCCAAUCAAGUGUUAUGGAGGAGGACGAGAUUGUGGAUGAACAAACCUUAUAA